CGCGGUUAAUUGAAAAUUUAAAAUAAAUAAGACGUGUAAAUGUUAAUCGUAAUCUUAAUCUGAAAUUCAGUUGUUUUUUUUCGUGAAUCAUAUAUUUUACUAGUCGUUUACUUUUAAAUAGUCUGCAUUUAUUUCACUCAAAUUUAUCAAUAAAGAUGGCUUCAAUUCCCUCAAAUAUGAAACUGGUUAUAUCUAUCAUAAAAUUCCUUAAAGACGAAUCAGCGCGGGAUACUUUGACUCCAGAUACUCGAGAAAGUUUAGAAGUUGCUGUUCAGUGCUUGCAAACAGCUUAUGAUAUUGAUUCAAGUGAUGCAAGAUUAACUGAAAGUCAAAAAGAUGUCCUUUCAUUAGACGAAAUAUUCAACAGUUAUGUUCUGUCAUUUGAGGAAAUGGAUGACCAGUUACCCGGAGAGCUAAAGGAAGCAAUUAUAAUGAAAAAUAUAGGAAAUAAUCUUAUGAAGAACAAUCAGUUUUCUGAAGCUAUUAGAUAUUAUACAGCUGCCAUUGAGAUAGAUAACCAAAAUGCUAUAUACUAUGGAAAUCGAGCUGCAGCAUAUAGUAAAUUAAAUGAGUUUAAGAGUGCUAUUAAAGACUGUGAAAUGGCAAUUAAAAUUGACCCAAAAUAUGCUAAAGCAUAUGGCCGAAUGGGCUUAGCCUUCACUAGUUUGGAGUUAUAUGACAAAGCUGUAGAGGCUUUUAAUAAAGCUUUGGAACUUGAUCCUGAUAAUCAAAGUUAUCAAAAUAACUUGAAAUUAGCUUUUGAUAAAAAGGAUCAAUCUCCUCCUGGUGCUGCUCAAGGUAUGUCUGGUUUAAAUAUAGACUGGGGAAACAUAUUUAGCAAUCCAGCUUUUAGAAAUAUGGCUUCCACUUUAAUGCAAGAUCAAAGCAUUAUUAAUGCACUUUCAGCUGGAAUGAACUCUUUAAAUCAACAACCCCCACCGACUGAUGGAAGUGGAGAUGGUGGAGCAAGUGGAUCUACUGCUAACCCUACAGAUAGAAGAUUUGAUAUGCUACUUGAAGCAAGCCAUUAUCUUGCUGCUCAAUUGCAUGCUGCGAAUCCUGAUCUUGUUGAACAGUUUAGGCAAAAUGCAACAAGAAACCCAAAUCCUUCUAAUCCUGAUAACAGGGAUCCUCAGUAAAUUUCAUGAAGUUCUAGUGUUUCCUGUUGAUUUCAAGUUUGAAAACGUGAUGUUUUACAGACUCUCAUAAUGCAUGAUUCGCAUUAUCAAGCUUGCUGGGAAAAGAUACACAAUUCUUAGACUCUGUUGUAUUAUUUACGAUUAUUAUUAUUUUCUAUUCCGUGUUAUUGUAAAAAUAGCUUUCUUGUAGUACAUGUUAAAAUUUAUUUUGCUUUUUGUUUAAAAAAUUAUUUAUUUCAUGUGUUGUAAAAGUUUGCCUUGUUUUUUUAAGGAGUAUUACCGUGACUCUUCUGUUAUAAUAAGUAACAAGAUAACCAAAAUAGUUUAAGUCAUUGAAAUUAUUAUGUUCUAAAGAAAUUUUUGAAAAAUUACCUAAAACUUCCCUUUAAAUGAAUGAUAUUUGUAAAAAGGGUUUAUUGGAAUGAUCAGAGUAAUGACUAUUGUAUAAGGUGUUCCAUCAUAUAAACAUUUUAUGUAUAUUUUUACAGUGUUGUACACAUAUUUAGAUUCAUUGUAAAGUUUGGUAAAUAAACUAAUAAAAUUUGA